AUGCCAGGUGUGCCAUCAGGUCGGGCCUGUGAUGCUUGUCGCAAGCAGAAGAAAAAGUGCGACGAGAAGCAGCCAGCCUGUGGGCGGUGUCUUCGAUUGAAAGUGAACUGUGUGGGGUCUGGCCAGCAACGAUAUAUGUUUAAGCAAGAGCGACUUUCUCCAAAAUCUCAUCGAAGCGGCCAAAGCACUCUUGUCUUAAGGCCAACAUCGAAUAAACGAGAGUUACCAGCUUUAAACAUCCCCCGGGCAUGCCCUGCGACCUAUAUAACGCUAUUAACUAACUCGUUCGUGGGGAUCAUCAAACGGUCCACCGAUCUCCGAUUCAAUCUGUGGUGGUCCUUUGGCAUUUUCCUGGAGGAAGUGCCCAGGCGGCUGGGCAGCAAUGAAGCACUCGACCGUGCCGUUGAUGCCGUGACCACUGCCCAUGCAGACUUCUGCACUCACCGACAAGCUUCAGUUCAGGCACUUUCCAAGUACUCGCAUGCUCUUACAACCCUCAGGUUGUAUUUGGACGAUCCAUUGCAAGCGAGUGCUUCUGACACAUUAUGUGCUGUUAUGAUACUAUUGGUCUGCCAAACAUUCAUCAGUAAUGACGGCCAAACGAUAUCAGGCCAUGCCCAAGGGGCUGCCAACAUAUUGCACGCGCGCAAGAACUUCGGGCCACGCGACGACUUUGAGCGUAAACUAUUUCUAUCGCUGCGGGGAAGUGUGCUAUUCGAGGGUUUAUACAACGAUGCUAUUGACUUAAGCGCCGAGGAGUGGGAAGCCUUGGUCGACAAUGACUAUGACCAGAAUUUACCCGAGGGCCAGAUUUUGCGGUGUCUGGCACGAGCUCCAGUACUAUUGAAACGCGGGAGAGGAGCUAUUCGCGAUGGCCAAGAUUUAACUUCGUUGGCGGAGGAAACUCGGCCAAUAUAUGAAAGGUGCAAGACAAUUUUAGCCGAAUUGAAAGCGCGAACAGUCGAGCACGAAAGUUCGGCGCUCAGUACUGUACAAGGGACUUUCAUGGCUCGCAUCCUGCGAGCCCAUUAUCUUCGCACCUACGGGAUUGGCCUCGCAAUCACAGCAUUCUUCAAUUGCAUGUGUCAAGCACUGGAUCCCAAUGACAUUACCUGCGUUACAGAAUCACGAUAUCUGGUCGAAGAGAUCCUCCUUCAUGCUCAGGUGUCCAACAUAUACAGGCCUGUUGGAGCAGGCUAUAUACUAAUGUGCCUUUCAGCUGCAUGGGCCGUUACUGCAGAUCCCCAGCUGCGGUCAAUGGUCGAAGCAACCUUCACUGACUACCAAGGUGAUUUUGUCUCUCACAGCGGUGUCAAUAUCUCUCAAGAAUUGGAAUUGGCAAGCCAGAAAUUAUGGCUUGGAUCCAAUGCUCGACUGAGGUCAGGUUUAUCUCCUUGA